UUCGUUCACUGCUGAUUGAUUAUUUACUAUUGUAUUAUUUUGAUUUUGUUGUCAUAAAUAAAUUUGCGAUUACAGAAAUGAAAGCUAUAAAAUGUUGAUAAUACGUUGUAGUUAAGAUUAAACAGCAAUUCCUUUGCAAUGAAAAAUCAAAGGCGGUGACGGUUGUGAAGAUUGUUAACAAAUAAAACUUAUUGUUUAAUGGGUUGUGCUGUGUCGUGCGUCAACCGAGCGACAAUGUCGUUGUUUGGAAGACAGAAUAAUGAUAAUGAUGCUCGAGCAAAACUGGAAAGGAAGUUAUACAUCGCCAGGGAAUCACCAGAACCGGAUUUUGAUCUAUCAGAGUGCCAGCUCCGCCAAGUGCCGUCCGGUACUUAUUCUAUAUGCAAGGUAUACCGAAAAGAACGUUUGUAUUUGCAUAUUAAUUGUCUACAUUCAUUAGAAGAAGGAGGUCAAUUGUCAGAUUUGUACCUUGUUAAGGUAAUUAAUCUUAGUUGUAAUAGAUUUGUACAACUACCCAGUGAUAUUAGAUAUCUGGUGAACCUUACUGAGCUGUACAUUCAAGAUAACCACAUUAAAGUCCUUCCUGAGAAUAUACACUAUAUGCAAUCAUUACAGAUAUUAGAUGUCUCCAAGAAUAAGCUUCAAACCCUAACACCAGCCAUAGGUAAACUAAAAAAUUUAAGGAAACUUAACCUCAAUGAGAAUAAAGAUUUAUAUGAACUCUGUCCAGAAUUAUGUUUAGCUACUAAUCUUACAUCACUAUGUAUAGAUGGUGAACAAUUUGUAUUCCCUCCGUCUGAUAUUGCCAUACAGGAUACUGCAGCUAUUAUGAAAUUUUUAUGUGAUAAAAUGAACAUAGAUUACAGCCCUCCAAUAUCCAUAGAUCAGGAAAUGCCGACUGUUCAAACCCCUACCAUGGUUCUGGAUCCAUUUGCUAGACGUAAUACACUGACAUGGGAGGAACAAGAGGCUGCCAUUAUUGAACAAGAAAAUAGACUACAUAAGGCAGCCAAGGAACAAAGAGAAAAGUUUUUAAAUACCAUUAUACAAGAACAGAUGGAGUUAGAUAAUGAGAUAGCUAAAGUGCAUAUGGUAAAAGAAAUAGACCGACAAAAACUCAUAAAAGCAAUACAAGAAGAUGAAAAAGAAAUUGAAUGUUUAGUCAAGAACUUUAUACAAUCUGACUAUUUAAAACCAGAAAUAAUACAACAACAACUUGCCUACGAGCAGGCUGAGCAUGACAGGUUACUUGAGAUUACCAGACAAAACUAUGAUAAUAUCAAAAAGGCUGAUGUAUUAAGGGCAAUGGAAAUGCUCAUCGAAGAAGACUAUGCAGUGAGACAUUCCAAGAAAUAUUAUGAAGAUUCUCUGAAUAAUGUAAAACAAAGCAUGCUUAUGCAGGAUUUAGAAGUAAGUGAAAAAUUGACUGAGCUAUUAAACGCCAAAGACCAAUCACGCACAGCUUUAGUGGAACAGCUAUUAGAAGAUCAGGACAUUCAAAUGGCGAUUGUAGCUUCAUUGCUAGAAAAGGUUGAUGCAAAAACGUGGAGCUUGAAUCAGGAAAUAUCAUUGAUUUCUUCACAUUUGGCACGGCUCAGUGUUAUAGAACAAGAAAAGAAAAGAUUGCAAAUAGCAUAUAAUUAUAAUGAGUUGCUUCACCAGAGAAUACAAUUGGUUAACUUAUUAGAUGACCUUUUUGGUCAACAGAAUAAACGACGAAAACAACUUGUUGAAACUUUAAAGGAAAUGGAUAGUGAAACUAAUAAAUCAAAUGAUUUUUGGUUAAAGAAUUACCAAAAGUUAAUAGAUUCUGCUCCAAGAACUUUAUUGGAUAUUGGAAAAAGUUUGGACCCCAUUCUAGCUAAUUACCUUUUACAAGAGGGUGUAAUACAUUGUUUGCCAUUCUUGGUUAAAUUUUUGUUUUCUGGUGAGUCCUUAUUGAACAUCACCAAAGAAGAACUAAAGUUGAGUGGUGUCUCAUUGUCAACUGACAGAGAUGCUAUAAUAAGAGCAAUACAUUUGUAUGUAGCAGCUAAGAGUCAGAAUCACAACUAUGAGGCAUCACCUGUUGGUGCACCAAGUGCUCCCACAGAAGAACUGACUGAGGAGCAGCAAUGUACCGGGGUAGUCACAACAAGCCAAUCUGAUGACACAGUGCUGGAAGCAGAAUGUGUGAUUUGCAUGGAUGCUAAGAGUGAAGUGGUCUUUGUACCAUGUGGUCACAUGUGUUGCUGCCAGCCAUGUGCUGGCAAGGAGAUGGAGAGCUGUCCUAUGUGCAGAACUACCAUAGAAAGGACAAUCAAAGUAAUGGUUGCAUGAUGCCACUUGAUUAUGAGGAGGCCCAAUGAACUGAAGAAGUGAUGAAGUAUUGAUGCAAGAUUUAUUUAAAUUUCUUUCAGAGAUAUCCUUCACUAUUGUAAGUUUAACAAUGUAUCUAUGUUAUUUAUAGCUAAGACUUGUAUGAGUUUAAUUAAUGAGUCAUCAGCUCUUGCACAAUUAUUAUGCUUGAAGUUUGCUGAGCAAUUAUUUUCAUUGCUCUAUUUUAUACCCAUUGUAAAAAGAGGGGUAAUUAGAGCUUCAAAGAAACCAUAUUAUUUUUGUUGUGAUGUAUUAUUUUCAAAUACUUUAAGAAAGCUAAGCCACAUGAAGAUAAAGUAGGUACCUUGUCAUUUAAUCAAUUUACAAGAGAUAAAUAUAAAGUAUUUGCAUAUUUGCUGAUAUGAAAUUAUCAGAUUGUAAUACCUACUUAUGUUGAAAAGACACUUUCAAUUGUUUUUGAUAUUCAAUCAUGAAAGUGUUAUUUUUUAUUGAAACUAGCUACAUUCGCGCGGUUUCACCCGCUCUGCUCGGCGCCUAUUGAUCGUAGUGUGAGGAUUUAUAGCCUGAAGCCUUCCUCGAUAAGUAGACUAUCCAACACAAACAUAUUUUUUCAAAUCGGACCAGUAGUUUCUGAGAUUAGUGCGUACAAACAAACAAACAAACUCUUGCAAGAUAAGAUAAUAUAAACAUUUGUUCUGUAUAUGUGACAUCAUCUUUUAUAUAAUGUACAAUAAGAACUAGUUAGGCUUGACUCAUAACUGAGAAAAAUAUAUUUUUAAAGUAUUUAGUUCCACAUGACAAGUAUUUUUUAUGUUUUUUUAUGUCAUAAGCCGGUA